CAGUAACGCGCUGAUGUGACGCUGAUCUCAGCAGCGCAGAGGAAGUCGAGCAGGAACAACACACCACAUGAGUUUACAGUCAGCUGGGGAAAACGCUGUUUAGAUUAAAGUACACAAUGAAACCAAAAAAACAACUCAAACAACAGAAGAAUGAGAAGCAUUUCAGUACAAAGAAGUCAAAGAAACAUGCUGAUCCUGCAUCGGACGAUCACCUCCAGCAGAUUCCUCAACGUUUGCGUGAAAUCAUGAAGAGUAAAGAGAUGAUGAAACAAGGCUCCCAGAAAAGGAAAAAAGCCUCUAAACCAAAGAUGGUCUCAGGAGAUAUUCCUAUCCCACACUUCCGCAGAGGGCGACAGGAGUCAGAGAAAGCUUACAUCCACCGCAUGACCCAAGAGACUGAGCAUGUCCUCUUCCUCACAAACAACCAGGUAGAGCGACAGCCAGAGGUCGAGCUAAAGAAAGAAGAGACAGAGAAAAAGAAAUCAACUAAAAAGAAUUGGCUAAAUAAAGAGAAACUACGGCAGCAGAAAAAGAAGUUAAACCAGCAAGAGGAGCGUGAAGAGGAGGAGAUGUUUAAAGAUGAGGUACCAUUUGGAGAGGUGGCCAUGGCGCCUCCAUCACUGAGUGUUAAACCAAGGAAAGCCACAAUCAAACCUCAGGGGGCGUCCAAAGGUCUUCUCCUGAACUCUCUCCUGGGUCACAGUCCUGUGUCGGUAACCAAACCCUCUAUGGCGAGGAAGAGGAUAAUGGAAGAGGAGCGGGAGAGAGUGGUGCAGCUGUACAGACAGAUGAAGCAGCAGCAGAGAGACAAACAUGAGCGAGACAGGGCUGCCAUGACCUCCACAUGAUGCUCUGCUUUUCGUAUUAUAUAGUGUUCUAUUAUAUCUAUAUGUAUAUUUCAUUUUUCUAUACAUUUGUGCUACCUCUGCUGGUCAGCAAUGCCAUAAUGAUGAAUUUUGCUGUGAAAUAUUUACAAGUGGAUGUAGCAGGACUGUAUAAAAGGCAAAAAUAAAAUGUUACAAUUUACACUUAUAUAAUGUAUAGUGAGUUCAUAUGCAUUUGUUCCCUUAAUACUCAAAAUGACUCAAACAAAAUAUAGGCAUUUGAAAAAGAAAGGCUUAUAAUACAAAUUUAGGCAGUUUAUUCUCAUCUUGCACCUUUGCGCAGUACAGACAUACAGUAAAUGAUACCUGAAACUGCAGCUUGCUGAAAGACGUUCUAUUAAAGCAAACGUUUUUCAUCUAGAGGAUGUAUUGUAAUUGUUAGAAUUUCCAAAGAUCAGCAUUCUACCCUAAAAGUGAUUGGGUAGACCAAUCUGUAAGUCAUAGAGACUUGGACUCACACCGUCUACAUACAGUACAACACCAAGGUUCGCCCCAAUCGGCUUAAUGGUGGCACAGUAGUAAUCAAAAGUACGUUAUGGCUCAUAACUCCUCCUCAAAACACUGUCUUACAUUGUUUGUUGUGGCUUUCUGUCUGCCCAGGAACAGGUGAUAAGAUGUUCUUCACUUGUAUGUUGGAAAUAAAAACAUUGUCCAUGCAGA